AUGUUUCUGGGGCGUGAAGACGUGGUACGGCAGGGGGAGGGGAGUGAUCGAUCUCUGGCCCUGCCGGACAUGUCCCCACACCAGUCUGCACCUCUGUCCGAGGCAGUCAUGGAAAAGAUCCCGAUGUCUCGGACGCCUCAUAUGGAGCAGUAUGAUGGGGUGUCGCAUCCACAGAACCAGUCCCUGCUCCCGUACCUGAUCUCGUCACGGUCGCGAGAAGAUACCAUUAUGCGCAACCGCGCGGCGCUGCGUUCCUCGACGCCAACGAAUGAUGGGCGGCCCCACGCGCCUAGUUGGCUGUCCUCGACGCCAGGUGCCUCGACGAGCAGCGGCGGCAGUCAUGCGAUGUACAAAGCCCCCCUUUGGCGCUCCUCCUCGUUGUCUGUCAUGCCUUCCUCCCAGAAAUUCUCACUUCGACCCUCGUCCCAGCAUGAUCCCUACGGGUUUGUGCGUAUGGCUCCGGACGAAAUGGGCAAUCCACGCUACUUUCGCUGGUAUCAACGAGAACGACACGUGCCCAGCAUCCGUUCUAUGCAGCAUCCCUACCUCGCCCGACGGUACGUGCAUCGUCCCAUGGAAUACGCCCAUCGUGCUCAGAUGAUGCCCACGCCCCAGACACCUCCUCGACCCUCGCAAACACCGAUCCAGGCACCGGGUGAAGUUGCCUCCGUUCUCGAGCCAUACCUCUCACCGUCCACACCCAGCACAGAUGUGGAACCUCCCAGCCUCGAUCAUGUCUCCCGCCUCGUACCCUCGGCGCUGCACCACGUCUUUGAGCCGGACAGCACCCGGGACCAGCCGCAUCUCGACAAACUGCGCGUACGAAAGCAGCGGCUGCACAUGGCUUAUACCACGGGUGAUUGGAGCCUGUCAGACGACGUGGCCAUGCUCUGGACAGACUCAAAAAAGCGGAAAGCAUCGAAUCAAGGCCCUUUGAGCAUAGAAGAGAAGAAGGCCAACCACAUUGCGUCAGAACAAAAACGGCGCUCAAAUAUCCGCAAGGGCUACGAUACCUUGGCCAGUAUGCUGCCGGCCGUUACCAAGACAGAGCCCGAGUCAGUACCAGAGGAAGAUGCACGUGCGAAUCUACCCAACGAAGUCUCGAUCCUACUCGAGGCCGUGGAGUACCUACAAGGGCGCUUGCAGCGGCACGAGCAACUCCGACAACGCAAGAAAGACUUGCAGCAUCAGCUCUUCCAACGAUAUGCGGGUAUGUCAUCAUAA